ACACUAUUUAGCUUUUUAAAAGCUUCUUCAUCACUUAUAAAGGUUGUCAUCAAGCUAUGAAGCUCAUCAUCUUGUUGCAAAACAUCAUCUCAUUUCAGGAAGAAUAUGGGUGACUCCAUGUUGCUCCAUAGACUUCCCUUGAGAGUUGUACUGUUGUUGUGCACAUUGGUGGCUCUAUUCUCUAUAGUUUCGGCAGAUGUAGUUCCAACAACAAAGCCCGGAUGCACGAGUAGAUGUGGCAACCUCACCUUCUCGUACCCUUUUGGGAUGAACAACACUGGCGAUGACUGCUACUUCAAAGAAGAAACGGAUUCUUUCCUCAUCUUUUGUGAUAACUCGACUGAUCCUCCCACUCCUUAUCAGUCCGAUAAAAGUUCUGAUUUCCAAAUACUCAAUAUAUCUAUAGAGAAUCAUGAGUUUGGUGUAACGAUGUUUGUGGCCUAUGAUUGUUAUAAUCUGUCCGGUGGAAGCACAAACAAAAAUGAUCCUUGGCUCGCUCUUCCCAUAUUCCCCAUAUCUCCUGCCAAGAACAAAUUUAUCGUAGUGGGAUGUCACACGAACGCGAUUAUUACAGGAAGCACGUAUGUGAUGGGGUGCGUGUCCUCAUGCGAGAGCUCGGGCAUUGGUUGCUGUGAGACUAGCAUACCUCGAGGCGCCUACGGAUACAACAUCUCUGUCACUAGCAAGCACAAUCAUACUGGCAUAUGGGGAUUCAAUCCGUGCGGGUACGCUUUCGUUGCCGAAGAUGGCUUCUUUAACUUCUCCACCGACUAUCUAUACAAACCACGCUACGAUGAAGUCCCUAUAGUUCUUGAUUGGUUAAUUCCAUAUGAAACAUGCGAUGAGGCAAAGAAGAAUACAACGACCUACAUGUGCCAAGAGAACUCCAAUUGUACAGAUGCUGAGAAUGGAAAUGGGUACCAGUGCAACUGCUUAGAGGGUUAUCAAGGGAACCCCUAUCUCCAAAAUGGCUGUCAAGAUAUCAAUGAGUGCGUGGUUUCACAGCCCUGCAGUGGAAUAUAUACGAAUUUGCCGGGAACGUAUAACUGUUCAUGCCUAGCGGGAUACCAAGGAGAUGGAAGAAAAGAUGGCAAGGGUUGUACUCUUAUCCCCCAGGAUAAGAGGUUUCGCUCAACCAAUGUCGUACUAGGUGUGAGCAUAAGCUUCCUACUGAUUCUUUUGGGUGUUUCCUGGUUAUAUUGGGGGCUUAGAGAAAAAAGAAUCAGCAGACAGAGAGAGAAGUUCUUCCUGGAAAAUGGGGGCCGCCUCAUGUUGCAGAGGCUUCUUUCUGAGCACGAAGGCACUGUUGAAUCGGCGAGAAUAUUCACCGAUGAAGAGCUCAAGAAGGCCACGGACCACUACCAUGAAAGUCGAAUCCUAGGCCAGGGAGGCCAGGGAACUGUGUACCGGGGGAUCUUACCGGACAACACGGUUGUCGCCAUCAAGAAGGCCAAGAUUUUGGACCGAAGUCAGGUCGAAGAUUUCAUCAACGAGCUGAUCAUCCUCUCCCAAAUCAAUCACCGCAACGUGGUUAAACUAAUUGGGUGUUGCUUCGAGACGGAGGUCCCGUUAUUAGUCUAUGAGUUCGUGAACAAUGGCACCCUUGCCAAACACAUACACAAGCGCGGCCAUGAGUCCACGUUAUCAUGGAAGGCUCGUCUGCAAAUUGCAGGGGAGACCGCAGGCGCCCUCUCGUACUUGCACUACGAUGCAUCCACUCAGAUUUUGCACAGAGACAUAAAGAGCACAAACAUAUUGUUGGAUGAAAACUACACCGCAAAGGUCUCCGAUUUUGGAGCAUCCAGGCUAGUCCCCCUCGACCGGAUGCAGCUGACUACGCUGGUGCAAGGCACGCUCGGGUAUUUGGACCCCGAGUACUUCCACUCGAGCGUAUUGACUGAGAAGAGCGAUGUCUAUAGCUUCGGGGUUGUGUUGGCUGAGUUGCUGACUGGACUGAGGGCCUUGUCCUUCGAGCGGGUUGAGAACGAGAGGAACUUGUCCAUGUAUUUCGCUUCUGCAAUAAUGGGUGAGCGGCUGUUCGAAAUCAUCGACCCGAGGGUGCUGAACGAGGGGAACCCUGAAGAGAUUAAGGAAGUUGGAAUGCUAGCGAACCGAUGCCUGAGGGUGAAAGGCGAGGAUCGGCCAACCAUGAAGGAAGUGGCAAUGGAAUUGGAAGGACUGCUGAGGAUGAUGGACAGGCAUCCAUGGGUGAAUCAGAGCAGGGACCUUGAAGAAGCCGAGCACUUGCUUGGUAAGAUAUCAAGCAAAUGUGAUGACAUCCCCAAAAGCACUGCAUCAGGAAAUGAUGAUAGCAUAAGUACCCAAGCGCCCUUCGAACUCGAAAGUGGAAGAUGAGACUUCAUGGCAAUGUUGGCCACUGUACUCUAAUUCGUUUUCUUUUUUGUAUUUCCUUGUCUUUUUUUGUUUAUGUUUUUUUAGUUGCUUGUUCUA